CACUAAGGCUCUCACGUGGUCAUGCAAUAUUAUUAUGCAUGGAUAAUGAUGCUUUUAAUUUUUACAUUGAUUUUAUAUUGUUGUUUAUGUGUUAAAUAAUUAUUUAUUUAGUCAUUUAUCUAAUAAUUCUUCAAAGUGGUUAAAAGUAGUGUUGAAUAUUAAGAAUAAUGGGGAAAAAAAGGUACAAUUGGAAAGCACGAAAUGUCUCUGAAAUUGAGAUAGAUAAUACUGAAACUAAAAAGAUACCUGUAGAUAUACAACAUAGAGAAGAUAAUUAUGAUAAUUGUAAUGCUCUGGUAUUACCAAAUGAAAAAAGGAAGACUAAAAAUAAAGAAAAGAAGAUACAAACAACGCGUUUAUUAUCUAAAAAACGUAGAAAGCAAUUAGAAAAAAUAGUAGAAAAGAAACAAAAGAAAUUACAAAGAUCAACGUUAUUAGAAAAAUUAGCUGAAGUACAAGCCCCGGCAGAAGAAUUAAAAAAAUAUGUUUCUUUGACUGCAGUUCAAACAAAAGGAUUGAAACGUCACUUUAGAGAUUUAAAUGCACCUACUGUAGAAACUUUAAUUAAUCCAAUCGAUGAGUCUACUAUAGAUAUUACAGAAUCUAAAUUAAACACGAUUAAAGGUGCAAAAAGAAAAAGACUGUCUAUUCUAAACAACACAAAACAGAAGAUCUCUAGCUCCGAUCCGAAUGUUAUUGGAUUUGAUGAAUCUAGUGAAAGUGAAUCCGAGUGUAGUGACAAUGAAUGUGAAAACGACCAUAACCUAAAAUGUAAACAAGAGAAAGAAGACAAUGAUAAUACAAAUGAAAGUAAACUUAUAAAAAAUGAAGAGGAGGAAGAAGAAAGGAAUAAAUCAGAAGAAAACAAAUCUAUUGAAAAUGAACAUGAAAAGACUGUACCAGAUGCACAAUUAAAAGUAAAAGAAUCCCCAAAUACUAUAGUUAAAAGUGAAGUAACUAAAACACCAGCAGUUUUUGUUACAUUAAAUAGAAAAGAAGAAAUUCAAGCAGCUAGAUUAAAAUUACCAGUUGUAGCAGAUGAACAAGUUAUUGUAGAAACUAUUAAUGAAAAUCCAGUAGUGAUAAUUACUGGAGAAACGGGUAGUGGUAAAACAACACAGGUACCACAAUUUCUGUAUGAAGCAGGUUAUGCAAGGGAUAAAUUAAUUGGUGUAACAGAACCCAGAAGAGUAGCAGCAAUGUCUAUGAGUAAACGAGUAGCAGAAGAAAUGAAUCUCACUGAAAAAGAAGUUUCAUAUCUUAUACGUUUUGAAGGAAAUGUUACACCAGAAACAAAAAUUAAAUUUAUGACAGAUGGAGUAUUAUUAAAAGAAAUACAAAGUGAUUUUCUAUUGACAAAGUACUCAGUAAUCAUUUUGGAUGAAGCACAUGAAAGAAGUGUUUAUACUGAUAUAUUAAUAGGAUUAUUGUCUCGUAUUGUACCACUGCGUAAUAAAAGGAAAGAUCCAUUGAAACUUAUCAUUAUGUCAGCAACAUUAUGCGUUGAAGAAUUUGUUGAAAAUACGAAAUUAUUUAAAGUUAAACCUCCAAUUAUUAGAGUGGAGUCAAGACAAUUUCCUGUAACGAUACAUUUUAAUAGAAGAACCAGCGAUGAUUAUGUCAAUGAAGCAUUAAAAAAAGCAAUUAAAAUUCACACACAUUUACCAGAAGGUGGCAUUCUUAUAUUUUUAACAGGUCAGCGAGAAGUGAAUUUAGUUGUUAGUAAAUUACGUAAAGCAUUUCCGUUUAAAAAAGGUCAAAUUAAUAUGUCAGAAACACAAAAAGUUGAAAAAAAUGAAGAAACAAAUAAAAGUGAUGAUGAUGAUGAUGAUGAUGAAGAAAAAAAUUCAGAAGAUGAAUUUGAUGACAAAGAAGCAAUAAAACGUGAUAAGCAAAAACAUAAAAAACAAUCUCUUAAUUUACCACGUAUUGAUUUAGAUAACUAUUCGAUAAUGCCUACGGAUGAUACACAUGAAGAUAUUAUUGAUAUCGAAGAUGAAGAUGAAAAUGAGGAAUGCAAUUUAGAUGAAGAUGAAAGUGAAGAUGAUGAUGCUGAUCUCUUAAAAGGUUUAUCAAAUGCACAACCAUUGUGGGUUCUACCACUGUAUUCUCUACUCCCUAGUUAUAAACAAGCAAGGGUUUUUGAAAAACCUCCAGAAAAUUGUCGUUUGUGUGUAGUAUCAACAAACGUGGCAGAAACUUCAUUGACAAUACCAAAUAUAAAAUAUGUCGUUGAUUGUGGUCGAUGCAAAAUGAGAAUGUAUGAUAAAGUUACUGGUGUUAGUACGUAUCAUAUCUGUUUUACAAGUAAAGCUUCAGCAAAUCAAAAAGCAGGUAGAUGUGGUAGAGUAGCACCUGGCCAUUGUUACAGAUUAUAUUCUUCUGCAGUUUUCAAUGACCAAUUUCAAAAAUUCAGUGUGUCUGAGAUUCAAAGGAAACCAGUUGAUGAUUUGGUUUUACAAAUGAAAGUUAUGAAUAUUAAUAAAGUUGUUAAUUUUCCAUUUCCAAGUGCACCAGAUCCUUUACAAUUACAAACUGCUGAAAAGCGUCUUUUAACUCUGGGUGCUUUAGAACGUUCUUCUCAAUACCAAGAAGGUACAUUUAAUGCAAAAGUGACUCCACUUGGACGCAGCAUAGCAGCAUUUCCAGUUGCUCCACGAUAUGGAAAAAUGUUAGCAUUGUCACAUCAACAUAAUCUAUUGCAAUAUACAAUUUGUAUGGUCGCAACUCUUUCUGUUCAAGAAGUAUUAAUAGAAGGUUUAAACAUGGAGGGUAAUUUGAAAAAUAAAUGGUUACAUACACGACGUAUGUGGGCUGGAAUUGGCAAUAGUUUACUUCUUGGCGAUCCAAUGAUUUUGAUAAAAGCAAUUGGAGCAGCUGAAUAUGCAGGGUCUAAAGGAAAGCUUGUAUCUUUUUGCGAAGAAAAUGGUUUACGUCAUAAAGCAAUUGUAGAAAUUAGAAAACUUCGACAGCAAUUGACUAACGAGAUAAACUUAAAUGUGCCAAGUGUAAAUCUUAUUAUUGAUCCAAGUAUGUCACCUCCUACGGAUAUACAAGCAAAAUUGUUACGUCAAAUAGUUCUUGCUGGUAUGGCAGAUCAAGUUGCACGGAAAGUAUCUUCAGAAGAUAUUGAAGAUCAAGAUAAAGCAAAAUGGAAACAUGCAUAUAAAACUGCAGAAAUGGAAGAUCCUGUAUUUAUGCAUUCAUCGUGUGUUCUUCGAAAGACAAGUCCAGAAUGGGUUAUUUAUCAAGAAGUAUAUGAAACUAAUAAAUUAUAUAUGCGUGGUGUAACUGCGAUAGAACCAGAAUGGCUACCAAAAUUUGCUCCAACUUUAUGUAAAUUAAGUGAACCUCUGAUGGAACCUUCUCCAAGAUAUGACAUUGACUCUGGAAAAGUUCUGUGUCACAUAACAGGUACAUUUGGACGAGCUGGUUGGCAAUUACCAAUGAUGGAAAUAGAACAUCCAAUGAAUGUAGAAGGUGUUAAAUGGUUUGCAAGAUUUUUUUUAAAUGGUGAAGUGUGUCCAAAAUUAAAAAAAUUUGUACCUUCGUUGUUAUCUACACCAGCCAGUGUAAAUAAGUCUUGGGCUAAAUUAUUACCACGUACAGAAGCAAUAACAAAAACUUUAAUAUCAGAAGGAAUUAUGUCAAAACGUAAAUUAAUAGAAUUUUGGGAUAAAGAUAAAACUUACCUUUUAUCUGCUUAUCAGAAGUGGUUACCAGAAUCGAUACAUUCGGAAGUAUCUUUAUUAUGGCCUCCAAUAUAAUUUAUAUUGUCUAUUUGUAAACAUGUAAAUAUGUGAUAUAUGAGUAUGUAUAAGUAUUAUUAACAAAAUCAUUUAAUUAGAUGCUAAUCAUUUUUUAAUCUACAAUUAG